AUGCCAUCGCGUAUCCUCCUCCAAAAUGCAACCAUUCUCAUCCCCUCAGGUGAACCAAAUGACUACGUUGUUCCCCUUCAGGGACAUUCUCUGUUAAUUGAAGAUAACAAGAUCUCACAAAUUUCACCGCAUAUUAGUCCAACAGCCGGAACUGAUGUCAUCGAUUGUACCGGCAAGAUUAUCUCGCCGGGGUUCAUCGAUACACAUCAUCAUGUCUGGCAAACGCAGCUAAAAGGGCGUCAUGCGAACCAAACUCUUUUGGAGUAUAUUCCAAGUGGUAAUAUGCAACAAACUAACUACUCUCCAGAAGAUGUUUUUUGGGGUGAGCUCGGAGGCUGUCUUGAAGCCGUAGACGCAGGCACCACGACAGUGGUAGACCAUGCCCACAUGAAUGUUUCGCCAGCUCAUACUUCAAAUGCUAUCGAGGCUACCGUUUCGUCGGGAAUUCGUUCUGUGUUUUGCUACACACCUACCAUGCGAAUCAAAAAGUUUCAGCCGGACAUGGCUCUUGACGGAGGCUUGCUGGAUGACUGGGUGCUGGAGCAUAUGAAAUAUUUGGGCGCCGCUGCUCCUUUUGGCAAUGGCCGUGUUCAACUAGGCCUCGCUUUUGAUGGCUACAUGCUGCCAAAGGAACAAGUAGUGUCCCUGUAUAACCAAGCACGCAGUAUUGGGGUCCAGGUUAUUACCUCGCAUUUUGUGCCUGGUUAUUUCGAUAAUGUUUCGCUCAUUGAAACGCUUGAGGCGUACGGGUUGCUGAGAUCGGACAUUCUCCUUUCACAUGCAAAUAUAAUGACCCAGAGUGAAAUCGAAAAGCUCACUCAAGCAAAAGCAAGGAUAUCGUCAACUCCAGGCACAGAGCUACAAAUGGGACAUGGUGAUAUUGUUUGUUUCCAAAAAGGCUGCCUCGAUAUCAGCUCCCUGGGAGUUGAUUGUCAUAGCAGUAUGUCCGGCGACAUGGUCUCCCAAAUGCGUUUGGCCUUGCAACACGAACGAUCACGUCGCAACAAGGAAAUAAUCUCCCAAGGGAAAAGGGUCCGGUCGCUGAACAUCUAUGUUCAGGAUGUUUUUCGGCUUGGCACCAUUCAAGGAGCGCGAGCAGUUCACAUGGAGGACAAACUGGGAUCAAUUGAAGUUGGAAAACUUGCAGACCUUGUCAUUUUUGACGGAAGCAGCCCUGGGAUGGUCUGCGCACCUGAACAGGAUCCCGUUGCUGCUAUAGUGCUUCACUCUUCCGUCCGUGAUGUUGACACGGUCAUCAUCGAUGGCACUGUUCGCAAGCGCGAGGGGAAACUAGAUUCAGUGAGCAUCAAUCCCUCACUCAAAGGAGUGGCAAUUCCACCACAAACGGUUGGAUGGAAUCAUAUUGCCAGAGAGUUGGUAUCUAGUCGCAAGAGGAUCGAGGAUGCUAUCGCAAAGGCAAACGCCAAUGAGCCCGAAGCACUUGUUGAGGCGCUCAUGAAAUUCCGCCGUCUCGACGAGAACAAGUUUAAGAUGCCGCGAGAGGAGCCUCUCCUAGCUCCGCGCCAGUCCUCGGAGGGCUCGUCGCUCAGGAGUGAGGACGAGGAGGAUGCUCUGUUAACAGGAGAACGGAUCGCUCGAUCGGAACAGCGAGGAUGGCCGUUUUGGCGACAGGUCGGACUGUUUACCUGGUCGCUCAUAGCCACUGUCGCCAUCAUCAUCCUGGCUGUCACGUACCAGCAUCAACUGACGACCCAACCCGGCUCGGACGGGCUCACUUGGGGCCCCGGCGGAAAACCCAGCGGCAAACGCAACGUCAUAUUCAUGGUUUCUGAUGGAAUGGGCCCAAGCAGCUUGUCCCUGACAAGGAGCUUCCGCCAGCUCGAGCAAGGGCUCCCCUUGGACGACACCCUGGUCCUAGAUAAACACCACGUCGGAAGUUCGCGAACACGGUCGUCGUCCAGCUUGGUUACAGAUUCGGCAGCAGGAGCAACGGCUUUUUCUUGCGGGCUCAAGAGUUACAAUGGCGCUAUCUCCGUCCUACCGAACCACACUGCUUGUGGAACUGUACUGGAGGCAGCGCAUCUUGCAGGGUACAAGACAGGGCUGGUAGUAACAACCCGCAUCACCGAUGCAACACCGGCUUGCUUUGCAUCUCACGCAAACCGACGAGAAUACGAAGACCUGAUCGCAGAACAAGAGAUCGGCGAACACCCCUUGGGCCGAGUUGUCGACUUGAUUCUCGGGGGUGGGCGAUGCCACUUUUUGCCGCAAAACGCCGAAGGGGGUUGCCGCGCAGAUGACCGGGAUUUGAUUGAGGCUGCCAAGGACAACGGCUUUAACUAUGUUAAUGAUCGCACUGGAUUUGAUGGACUUGAGAACGGCCAGGGCGUCAAACUCCCGUUGUUGGGUCUAUUUGCGGAGAAGGAUAUUCCAUUUGAAAUCGACCGUCGUCAUGCUAAUGACGUCUACCCAUCUUUGGACGAGAUGGCUCGUACUGCAUUGACUGCUCUUAGCAAGGCGACUGAGGAUAGUGACAAGGGCUUUUUCAUCAUGAUCGAAGGGUCGCGAAUUGACCAUGCCGGCCAUGGAAAUGACCCCGCAGCACAAGUACAUGAGGUUCUUGCAUACGACAGAACAUUUGCGGCUGUGUUAGAUUUCAUAGAGAAGGAUGAUACCCCCACUGUUCUUGUCAGCACCUCCGACCAUGAGACUGGUGGCCUGGCCAUCGGACGGCAGUUGCACAAGGCAUAUCCCGAAUACAAAUGGCUCCCUGAUGUUCUGGCCAAGGCCACUUAUUCAUCCGAAUAUCUAGAGAAACAACUGAAUGAGUAUCUCGCCAUGGAUGGGGCAAAUAAAAGCAGUAAAAAGCAACGCAGCUACGUUCGUGAAGAGCUUUUGAAGAAUGGCCUAGGAAUCGAGGAUGCAACCGACGAAGAAGUCGAUUCCUUGCUUAUCCCCGACGACGAGCAACCUCCAAAGUACAUUCUUGCAGACAUGAUCAGCCGGCGUGCCCAGAUAGGCUGGUCGACUCACGGACAUUCUGGCGCCGAUGUUAAUAUAUACGCAUCAUCGACAAAAGACGCAUGGCCACUGGUCGGAAACCACGAGAACACAGAGGUUGGCAACUUUCUGGCCUCGUUCCUCGAUCUUGACGUGGAUGCUGUGACCGCGAAGCUGCAAGAGCAGGCCUCGUUAUCCUGGAUGGGUGAUCAGCUUGGAGCGGAUAUCCGCGUGGAGCAAUUAGACAGUUACCAUGGAGACUUUCGUAAGCGUGGAGAAGAUUGCGGAUGCGGUGCCCAUUAA